GAGCAGCUCAGAGUGACAGAGGGCCAAGACUCCAUCAGACUCUCUCCAUCCUCCUCACUUCUCGGGACAAAGGGUGUCUUGCUUGACACUGGUUGCUCAAGGAGGAGGGGGUCCCGACCCGGCGAAGACCACCAUGGAUUGGAUGAGAAAGUCGAUCCAGAGCCUGCUGCCGGCCAAACUCAGGGCGUACGUGAAGGACUACUGCAAGAGGAACGGCCUGCUGACCCUCUCGGUGUUCGCGGUGCUGACGGGAUGUGUGCUCGGAUUCUUGCUCCGGACCCUCAACCUGUCCACCCAGGCCAAGAUCUACUUCUCCUUCCCCGGUGAGCUGCUGAUGAGGAUGUUGAAGAUGUUGAUUCUGCCUCUUAUCACGUCCAGUUUAAUGUCCGGCCUGUCCGCCAUGGACACGAAGGCGAGCGGCCGGCUGGGAGUCCUGACCAUCACCUACUACCUGUGGACGACGUUCAUCGCGGUCAUCGUCGGCAUCGUGCUGGUCCUCAUCAUCCAUCCUGGGACGGGCUCAGAGAAGGAAGGUCACCACGCCAGCUCUGGACCAGUGAUGACGUCUGCAGACGCCCUCCUGGAUCUGAUCAGGAACAUGAUCCCCUCCAACCUGAUCGAAGCCACGUUCCAGCAGUAUCGAACAGACCUGGUUCCCAUCGUGCAGUCCUCCAACGUCAAGGAGUCGCAGGCCAACUACGUGUACGUGAUGCCGGACUACCACAACCCCCGGCUGGGACACCCCGUCUUCCUGGAGAUCACGCCGGCCCCGGACAUCAAGUACAAGAUCGUGCCCAGCACCAGCAAGGGCAUGAACGUUCUGGGCAUCGUCAUCUUCUCCGCCACCAUGGGCUUGCUGCUGGGGAAGAUGGGAGAACGUGGAGCUCCUCUGGUCAACGUGUGUCAGUGCAUCAACGAGUGCGUCAUGAAGAUCAUUAACGCGGCCAUGUGGUACUUCCCCUUCGGCAUCGUCUUCCUGGUGGCCGGGAAGAUCCUGGACAUGCACGACCCGGCCCACCUCGGCGAGAAGCUGGGCAUGUACUUCAUCACGGUGCUGUCGGGGCUCUUCGUCCACGGCCUGGUCCUGCUGCCUUCCUUCUACUUCUUCUUCACUCGCAAGAACCCGUUCCCCUUCAUCCGGGGGCUUCUUCAGGCGCUGGUCAUCGCGCUGGCCACCUCGUCCAGCUCCGCCACCCUGCCCAUCACCAUGAAGUGUCUGCUGGAGAACUGCGGCGUGGACAGACAGAUCGCCCGCUUCGUUCUGCCCGUGGGAGCGACCAUCAACAUGGACGGGACGGCCUUGUACGAGGCGGUGGCCGCCAUCUUCAUCGCGCAGGUCAACGAGUACGACCUUGACUUCGGCCAGCUGGUGACCAUCAGCAUCACCGCCACGGCGGCAAGCAUCGGGGCAGCAGGGAUCCCCCAGGCCGGCCUGGUUACCAUGGUGAUCGUGCUGACCUCCGUGGGGCUACCGCCGGCCGACAUCUCCCUGAUCGUGGCCAUCGACUGGGUCCUGGAUCGCUUCAGGACCAUGAUCAACGUUCUGGGCGACGCCUUGGCGGCUGGGAUCAUGGCGCACAUAUGCAGGAAGGACUUUGAGAAGGCAGCCACGAUGGCAGUGGCUGGAGUCACCACCCCGGUCCCUUCUACCAACAGACGAGGAAGUCAGCGGAGAGACACGGUCAUCUCCUUUGGCAACCAGAGUGUGGCGCUGUCGGACGCUCCUCUGAUGGCGCACCGCUGCGACUACGUUUUUGAGGUGGACGGAGACAACGUUCUGGAGCGGCCCAUGGCCUGCUACAACCUCUGCCAAGUGUGAUGCAGCGAACAGUGCACCGGACUUACUUGAACAGAGAGGGCGCCACUGAGUCGACGGUUGGUGGGCUUCAGUGCGACAUGCUGCAAUCUCCCAAGUGACCGCAGGAGGCCACUGAACUGCCCGGGCAGAUGCACCUGUGCCAUCCCCGACGCACGAGCUGCAUCACCAGUGGUUGGUAAUCGAACUUCAAGUCUCCAGGUUUGAACUUCUGCUUGCCUUAAUCAGGUCGCUGGUUUGAGAACUGGAAACACUUGAAAUUCUACUCUGUAGGACGUUUUUAGCAGUAUUGUACCGAGAACUUCAGC